AUGUCUCGACGAAAGCAAGCUAAGCCCCAGCAUCUCAAAUCCGACGAGGAGCUACUUCCCCCCACCCCCGCUCCCUCCCCAGCAGUGCCAGGAGAAGGAGCAGAUGAUGGUGACAGUGGGAAUGAAAGCCGGAGUGGAAGCGAGGAAACAAAUGUUUGUGAAAAAUGUUGUGCAGAGUUCUUCAAGUGGAGUGAUUUCUUGGAACACAAGAAGAAUUGCACUAAAAAUCCAUUGGUGCUCAUUGUGAAUGAAGAUGAAGCAACUCCAGCACCUGAAGAAUUUGCAGAGCCUUCUCCUGCAAGUUCACCUAGUGAUCAGGCAGACAGUGAGGCUGCUGAAGAAAGUGUUCAGGCUGAGAACAAUGAGAUCUGUGAGAUAAAGAAUACAGAAAAGGAAGAAGAACCUAUGGAGGUAGAACCUUCUGUAGAAAAAAGCUACUCCAAUCAAGGCACCUCUAGCACAGCUACGCCACUACCUCAAAUUAGUGAACCACCUUCUUUGACAGGUUAUAACAUGCCAAACACUAAUGUAACCUUAGAGACAUUGUUGAGCACUAAAGUGGCAGUUGCACAGUUCUCACAGAGUACAAGAUGUGCAGCUAGUGCAACCACUGCUAGUGGGGUUACAGCAGUGGCCAUCCCAAUGAUUCUUGAGCAGUUAAUGGCAUUGCAACAGCAGCAGAUUCACCAGUUGCAGCUGAUUGAACAGAUCCGGAGUCAGGUGGCAAUGAUGAACCGACAGCCAUUACGUCCCACUUUAAAUACAACUCCUUCCCAAAGCACUCCUGUGCAAGCCACUAACCAGCUCCAGGGAUAUGCAGCAAACUCUGCUCUUCAGUUAGCAGUUGUUCCUUCUGCCAUAGUGGCCCAAGCCACUGGCAACCCACCAACUGCCUUUGAGAGCUCUCAGCACAUAUCAAGGCCCACGUCAGGUGCAAGCACUCCUAACAUGUCAAGCAAUGGUUCUUCUGUCCCAAAUGAAGCAAGCACACCAUCCUCCUCUAAUGCAAUUACUUCUUCAUUAACACCGGUUUCUGUGUCAAAUAGUACUAGCAGCUCUUCACAGCCCCCAAAUCCUUCAACUCCACCCUCAAUAGGACCUGGAAAUCUCCUCACCUCAACUUCCAGCCUGCCAAACCCACUUCUACCUCAGACUUCAUCCAGUAGUGUAAUUUUCCCCAAUCCACUGGUUAGCAUUGCUGCAACAGCUAAUGCAUUGGAUCCUCUCUCUGCUCUUAUGAAGCAUCGCAAAGGAAAGCCACCAAAUGUAUCUGUAUUUGAGCCUAAGACAAGUUCGGAGGAUCCUUUUUUUAAACAUAAAUGUAGAUUUUGUGCCAAGGUUUUUGGGAGUGACAGUGCUCUACAGAUUCACCUGCGUUCACACACAGGAGAAAGACCCUUUAAGUGUAACAUUUGUGGCAAUCGGUUUUCUACUAAAGGCAAUCUGAAAGUUCAUUUUCAGAGACAUAAAGAAAAGUAUCCACACAUUCAGAUGAAUCCAUAUCCAGUUCCAGAAUACCUUGACAAUGUUCCCACCUGUUCUGGGAUUCCAUAUGGGAUGUCAUUGCCACCUGAAAAACCAGUUACUACAUGGCUGGAUAGCAAGCCUGUUUUACCAACAGUCCCAACUUCAAUUAGUCUACAACUUCCCCCAACAAUACCAGGGGUAAACAGUUACGGAGAUUCCCCAAGUAUUACUCCUAUGAACAGAUCACCCCAGAGAACAUCCCCUGCAUCAAGUGAAUGCACUUCUUUAUCCCCAAGCCUAAACAAUUCUGAAUCAGGCAUUCCUUUGUCUGCAGAAUCCCCACAACCAAUUCAUGGUAGUUCAACCAUGACUAAAACUGAACCUGUCAAUAUUCCUGUAACAAAUGCAAGGCUAGGAGAUAUAAGUGGUCAGGUUUCUGUAGUACCCACAUCUACAGCUCCUAGUGCUGUUUCCGAAAGCAGUAUUUCUACAAGCCUCCCAAACCCUGUGCUUCCAGCAUUGUCUGACCAGUUCAAGGCUAAAUUUCCAUUUGGUGGUCUAUUGGACUCUAUGCAAACGUCAGAAACCUCAAAACUGCAACAGCUAGUAGAGAACAUUGAUAAGAAGAUGACAGAUCCAAAUCAGUGUGUCAUUUGUCACCGUGUGCUCAGUUGUCAGAGUGCUCUCAAGAUGCAUUACAGAACUCAUACAGGAGAAAGACCAUUUAAAUGCAAAAUUUGUGGACGUGCAUUUACUACAAAAGGCAAUCUAAAAACACAUUUUGGAGUUCAUCGAGCGAAGCCACCACUUAGAGUACAGCAUUCAUGUCCCAUUUGUCAGAAGAAAUUUACAAAUGCUGUUGUUCUUCAGCAGCAUAUUCGUAUGCACAUGGGUGGGCAAAUUCCAAACACACCAUUACCAGAUGGUUUCCAAGAUGCUAUGGACUCAGAGCUUUCUUUUGAUGAAAAGAAUGCAGAGACACUGAGCAACUAUGAUGAUGAUAUUGAUGAAAAUUCCAUGGAGGAGGACACAGACUUAAAAGAUAGUACAAGAGACUCCUCCAAGCCACUUAUACCUUAUUCUGGAUCAUGCCCACCUUCUCCCCCAUCUGUAAUUUCUAGCAUUGCUGCUCUUGAAAAUCAAAUGAAAAUGAUUGAUUCUGUCAUGAACUGCCAACAGUUGACCAACUUAAAAUCUUUAGAAAAUGGGUCAGGGGAAAGUGACCAUUUAAGCAAUGAUUCUUCAUCAGCUGUUGGGGAUCUGGAAAGCCAGAGUGCAGGGAGUCCUGCCAUGUCAGAAUCUUCUUCAUCCAUGCAAGCUCUCUCUCCUGAAAAUAGCAACUGUGAAAGUUUUAGAUCUAAAUCACCAGGUUUCAGUAACCAUGAAGAACCACAAGAAAUACAGUUAAAGACAGAAAAAUCUGACAGUCCCCCACCACCUACUGUUGAAAAUGGAGGCGCCCUGGAUCUGACAGCCACCAACCCGGGGAGGCCAGUCAUCAAAGAAGAAGCUCCUUUUAGCCUGCUGUUCCUGAACAGAGAACGUGGUAAGUUUAAAAGUACCAUUUGUAAUAUCUGUGGCAAGCCUUUUGCUUGUAAGAGUGCAUUGGAAAUUCACUACCGCAGCCAUACUAAAGAACGUCCAUUUGUAUGUACAGUCUGCAAUCGUGGGUGUUCCACUAUGGGUAAUUUAAAACAGCACUUACUGACACACAAAUUAAAAGAGCUGCCUUCUCAGUUAUUUGAACCCAACUUUACUCUAGGUCCCAGCCAAAGUACUCCUAGCCUGGUCACCAGCACUGCGCCUACUAUGAUCAAAAUGGAAGUGAAUGGUCACAGCAAGCCGAUCUCAUUGGGCGAGGUUCCAUCGCUUCCAGCUGGAAUCCAGGUUCCUGCUGCACCACAGACAGUGAUGAGUCCCAGCAUCACUCCUAUGCUGGCACCCCCACCACGCCGAACUCCAAAACAACACAACUGUCAGUCAUGCGGGAAGACCUUCUCCUCAGCAAGUGCACUACAGAUACAUGAACGCACCCAUACUGGUGAAAAGCCAUUUGGUUGCACUAUCUGUGGUAGAGCUUUUACCACAAAAGGGAAUCUUAAGGUUCACAUGGGAACUCAUAUGUGGAAUAAUGCUCCUGCACGGCGUGGGCGUCGACUGUCCGUGGAAAAUCCCAUGGCUUUGUUAGGUGGUGAUGCUUUGAAGUUUUCAGAAAUGUUCCAAAAGGAUUUAGCAGCACGGGCAAUGAAUGUUGACCCAAAUUUUUGGAACCAGUAUGCUGCAGCUAUUACUAAUGGACUUGCCAUGAAGAACAAUGAAAUUUCUGUCAUACAGAACGGAGGCAUUCCCCAGCUACCAGUAAGUUUAGGCGGAAGUGCCAUUCCGUCUUUAAGUAACGUUACCAGUGGAAUGGACAAAGCUCGUACUGGUAGUAGCCCUCCCAUCAUUGGUUUGGACAAAGCGAGUUCUGAAACAGGAGCCAGUCGUCCAUUCACAAGGUUUAUUGAGGACAAUAAAGAGAUUGGCAUAAAUUAAAAGCAUUCAGUACAAAUAACUGUUGGACCAUUGCUCAAUACAAUGUUUGUUCUUUCAUGUACAGUUUGGGGAGUUAAACUUUAGUUUUGUGGCCUAAUUGCCUAGAUAACUAUGAUUUAUCAAUAGCAGAAAUACAUAACUUCGUGUCUGCUGAAAAGUUGUCUCGCAAGAUUUGCAUGGUACUACUUUCAACAGUGAGCUGACCAUUAGUGAGAACUUAUGAACCUUUUUAAUUUAAGUAAAUGAUAAAUCAUUGGAUAAUUCCAUUAGGGACUGAUGGAGGCCAAAUUGUUUCAAAUGUUGUUUCAAAACAAAGCAAAGAUGCUACUGGUUGAGUAAAAGUGGGGUUCACAAUGGCAUUUUAAUACAGCUCUAUCUUUGCUGGUUUUGUUCUGCUCAACUAGAAACUUGAACUCUGUUUUUAGAAUUCCUCUAAUAUUCAAUAAGUGAUUUAGUACCCUAAUGCUGUCUAUGAUUACAGUAUUCUUGUCUGUAGUAUUUAUAAUGUAAAGAUAAUGCGGGUAACAGACAAUAUACUAGCCCCAUUCUUAAAUGAAGCUUUUGUACGGCAAAAUACACCUGGCUAUGUGACUUUUUUUUAAAGCAAGUUUUGUUUUACUAUAAAUAAGUGGUUUAUUUCAAUGCAGGCAAAAUUGUGAAGUUUUAUUGGGAAAGAUAGCAUGCUUUUCAUGUGCAAGUACCUGUCAGUAACAAACCAUUUUAAUUUAAAUAUUUGUAGCUGCUAUGUGGACAGUUGUUCUAUUAAAUGGAAAAAGUGUAGUGUGAACUUCAGUUCAUAGUUGGAAAAACAAGUUACAGACAAACCUUAUUACAAUAGAUUAUUCACAACACUAUAAGCAGUUGUGAAUAAAACACUUCAUGUUAUCAAAGGCUGUACAAUAAAAGGCAGUGUUUGUAUAAUGUGGUUGCAAACUCUUAAUUUAUACUAUUGCACUUUUAGUAUUUUAUAUUUAGGGAGGUUUGUCUAUAAUUUGAAUCUGAACAAAGAUGUAAACUAUUUUAUAAAUAGUACUUUGGCUUGAGGAAAAAUGGGGGAGGGGUCUGUUGAGUUUGUCUUUAAGGUCAAACAGUAUGAGAGAUCUGUGCUCCUUUAAAUAAGAAAACCGCUAAGAACUGUCAGAUUCUUGGAUAUAAUGGGGCCUGCCAUUUCUUAGACCAAAAUGAUUCAUUUAACUUUUCUGUAAGCCCACCCUCCAACAGACCUUUGAUAUGUUAAUCUUAGGGCUGUGAUAUCAGUGCAAGUCUAAGAGAGGCUAAAGAAAACAUUGUGUAGGCUUAAUUUUGCUGUAAUCUGUUCUGUCUCUUUCACUCCCACCCACAAACUAGAUGCUGACUGCUUAAUAGCACUGGUAUGUAAAGCAAAACAGAAAACAAAAAUUCCAAAUAUCAUUUGUAUCUUGUACGUAAAUUCCCAAUCUCACUGUUUUAUUUAAUAUUCUAAGAUUUACUACAAAGCACAAUGUACUCUGAAUACUCUAAUAUAAUUUUCAUGUGUUUAAAGCAUUGUUUAAAAUUGUGACUAAAGGGAAUGUUUCCACUCUGAACUAGGGUGCUGGUGAGGCUGGGGCAUAAUCAAAACUUGAACAGUAAAUGUUUUGUGUACUACCUCAUUUUUGUGCAUUACAAGCAUGGUGGAGUCUGACACUAUGAACUUCCGUCCAACAAAAUUGUUCAAGGGACAUUAUGGGUAGCUGGGAAACAGCACACAAUGUUUAUGCCCCUGAAGAAAGAAUCAGACAGUGAGGUCUUCUCAGUUGUGACUGGAAAAAAUAGGACAAUCUCUUUCUUGUGCAACAACGACAAAACGUUACUAUAAGAGGAUGGACUGUUUCUGCCAUCAUAUCACUGAAUGAAAAAUUUAAGACUUAUUAGUGGUUUGUUACUAUUUUGAAAUGAACAAUGAAUUAUUAUAGCUCUGUUUUCUACAGCAAUGAUAAGCAGAAUAUAAAUA